CCAUAGCACCGUAAUAGACGGUGUCCCCUUCCAGCGUGGUUUUUGGUGAUGACAUCCAAGUCGCGAGCUGUUUCGCCCACCCAUCCUGCUGUUGUACAGUCGUGAUUGACUGGCGCCCAGUAUGCAAUAGUGAAAGACUGACGUGCCCCUUUGGAUCAAUUUCUAACCGCCCGUUUCUACUACCGGCUACGUAGCCUGCCGCACUCCGGCAGUUCCUGACCACUUCCGAAUUUGGCGUCGAGCGGGGACAAGCAGCACCGAAAAAGCUUUUAGACGUCCCAAAUAUGUGCAAAGUGGAGAAGAGCAACCUGCCGCCCAUGGCCCCCGUGGAGCCGCAGGCCAUGAAGCCCAAGUUCGUCAAGGCGCACGAGCCUCAGAGCGAUUUCCACUGGACCCCGACCGAUGAGCCGCACGCCACUCGUCGUAAGCUCAUCAUGGCCAAGUAUCCGGAAGUCAAGAAGCUGUUUGGCCACUGCUGGAAGACCAAAUACAUCAUCGCGGCCACUGUGGCGUUGCAGACGUAUCUGGCACUCAAUGCGCAGUACUGGUCGUGGCCCGCCUACCUCCUCAUCAUGUAUUGCAUCGGAGGCACGGCCAACCACGCCAUGAUGAUGGGAAUGCACGAGGUCUCGCACAAUUUGGGCUUCAAGAAGCCUCUGCACAACAAACUGCUGGGCAUCUUCGCGAAUCUGCCCAUCGGCGUUCCGUCCUCCAUCUCCUUCAAGCGCUACCACCUCGAACACCACCGUUACCAGGGAGAGGACGGUGUGGACGUGGAUCUCCCCACUGAAUUUGAAGCCAAGAUCUUCACCAACAAAUUCACCAAACUCUUCUUCGUUUUCUUCCAGCUCUUCUUCUACGGUGGCCGUCCGCUCCUCGUGAACCCCAAGACGCCUGGCGUGUGGGAGUUCGCCAACGCUGUCGCGUGUCUGAGCUACAACUACGCUAUCUACGUGUACGGAGGCCUCUCUGGCUUGCUCUACCUGCUCAUUGGCACGUUGUUGGGUUGCGGUGUGCACCCAGUUGCGGGCCACUUCAUCGGGGAGCACUACGAGUUCAUCCUGGGCUAUGAGACGUACUCGUACUACGGCAUCCUCAACCGCGUCACGUUCAACGUAGGUCUGCACAACGAGCACCACGACUUCCCGUUCGUCCCUGGCUCGCGUCUGCACCAGGUGCGUGCGCUCGCUCCAGAGUUCUACGAGAACUUGCCGAGUCACAAGUCGUGGGUGAAGGUGCUGGUGGAUUACGUCAUGGACGACAACAUCAAUGCCUACUCUCGUGUCAAGCGCCACAACCUCAGUGAUGACGUCAAGGAGAAGAUGAAGAGCGACUAAAAAGAGACACAAAAAAGUCUCGUGCGACUCUAAUUGCCGCAUUUUGUAUCAAACCCUGUCGCUAGGAUUUUUUUGUUAACAAACAUCAAUAACAACGGCAAAUUUGUAUGAAGAGCGA